UGUUCCAAUUUUUAACGACAUCAAUUACACGUUCGCAUAAUGCAUUAUUCAUGGGGUCGUCGUUUGGGUGACAAGCUGGGCCAGACGAAAAUAUUGUACCCCAUUUGUAUAUAACGACGUCAGCGACCAUUCCGAAACAUAUUAGCAUUCAACCGAUUUGCCGUUUGAAAGAAGCAAUGCAAGUAAAAUUGCAUGCGCCGCUCUGAACUAUAUGUGGGAUCAACCGCCGGGGUGGCGCUGAGGAGGACGUUAUUGGUUGUAGGUUACUGAUGCAUCGGCUUUGGUCGAUUGAUCGAAAGAGUUGGUGCCGCUGGUGCUCGUCGAGGACACUAGCGAAAGUGACAAAGUUGUCAAAUUUUGCGGUUUUAUGUAAUUCUCUCGUUAUUAUGCUGACCAGCAAUGUCACCCCUGGUCGCACCCGUGAGGUAGUGGGAGAAACGACUUAUAAACGGAUGGGCUCGGACAAUUGGCAAUCACUGCUUAGUCAAUCGAUUGUUCGCAAAUAUCGCUCCUCCCAAGUCCAAAAUGUUCGCCAAAUUGGUUUUCGCUGCUUGCCUGGCUGUUGCCGUCGCAAAACCUAAACCAGGACUUCUGGGUGCUGCACCUUUGGCUUAUAGCGCACCUCUUGCCUACAGCACGCCAUUAGCCUACAGUGCACCUCUGGCAUACAGCGCUCCAUUCUUUCAACAAGGACUCCUGAGCACCGCUUACUCGCAAACAGUCGGGCGUAGUUACGCUCCGACUCUUUACUCCGCGGCAACUCCUCUUACUUACGCUGCUGCCGCUCCGCUGAACCCAAUCGCUCCUGCGCUCCCACCGCUAACCUACGCCGCUGCUGCAACUCCUUUCUUCGCUCCAGCUGCACCAGCUUUUGUUCCCUCAGUGACGCCAACCAUUGCUCAGACUCCAGUUGUAACUCCAGCCGUUGCCGUUGCAAGAACUCCAGUGGUUGCCACCCCAGUUGCCACUCCCGUUGCUGGGACGCCUGUUGCAGUGCCGAAUGCUGCCGUUGCGCCCGCCAAUGCUGUCCCUGCAACUCCGGUUGCCCCAGUUGCCACGGCUGCUCGAUUGACUGCGGCCGCUCCGGUUCCGUUCACUACCUAUGGAGCUCCUGAGGCUUCAGCUCCGGCAAGAGCGUAAUCCAAUUUGAUGUGAUAUUUUAGAGCAAUUUGUGCAAUUUAUUGUUUGCUAGUGACAUUAGUUUGUAAGUUUUUUUUGUUUCUUUUACAUUGCUUAGUUAAUUCUUGUUUCUCAUCAAUUGAUCAUGAUU